AUUAUAAUAAUGUUGGACUGUAGAGUAGGACCCUUAAAAGAAGGUGGAAAAAAAAUCACUCGUCAAGCAACAAAACUAAAGUCCAACAAAAAUGAUGAUGAUGAAGCACAAGCUUCCACAUCCCCCUUUAUAUUCCUCCCCUCCUGCUCCCGACGCCAACACUAUUAUCACCCUUGUCGGCCCCCUUUUAAACCCCUCCCCCCUCUCUCCUCUUUUCUCUCGUUCUCUGAUCUCUCUCUCUUCGUUAGAAGCUUCAAUCACACUCUUCCUAACCAACACCUUUCUUUCCCAAAAAACUCAAUACCUUCAUUCUCUUUAGAACUUCAACCUUCUCCAUUUCCAUAACAAACUAAAGUAAUUAACAGUCACGUAUACAUCAUGAGAAAACAAGAACAAAACCUCAUCCUCCAAAUAAGCACCAGCACCAUCACCACAAGAUUAACAAGCACCAGAAGAAUAACCCCUUCCAACCACCACGCCCUCUUCCGCCUCUCCGACCCCGACGACGUUGCCGAAAAGCUCCUCGUACGGCGAGGUUCCUCCCCCUCCAUCUCCUCCUCCUCCUCCUUCAAGAAUAACCAAUCAUCACCACCACCAACAACAAGAACAAGAACCAACAACAACAACAAACUCUCAGUUCUAAUGCGCUCUUUCCUGUGCAUCUUCACCUUCCCUACAAUGAUCCCAGCAUGCAAAUUUUUCACUAUACCUUCCAACUUCUCCAUAACCCCUUCCACUGGUCGAAAAGUCACCGGAACACUCUUCGGCCACCGCCGCGGCCACAUCUCCUUCGCCGUCCAGCUCGACCCGCGGGAGGAGCCUCUCCUCCUCCUCGAGCUCGCCAUCUCCACCACCUCUCUCGUCAAGGAGAUGUCCUCCGGCCUCGUCCGCAUCGCGCUCGAGUGCGAGAAGGUCCACGCCGCCGCCUCUCACGGCGGCCGGCACAGGAAGCUCUUCCAGGAGCCGGCCUGGACUAUGUACUGCAACGGUAGGAAGUGCGGUUACGCGGUGUCGCGCACGUGCGGGGAGCGUGAGUGGCACGUGCUGAGAACCGUUCAGAGUGUGUCCGUUGGCGCGGGCGUAAUACCGCUGCUGGAAGACGGGGAGAAAGAGAGCAACGGCGGGUCAGAGGGCGAGUUGAUGUACAUGAGAGCGAGGUUUGAACGAGUCGUUGGAAGCCGUGACUCGGAAGCUUUUUACAUGUUGAAUCCUGAUGGUAGUGGAGGACCUGAACUCAGUAUUUUUCUUUUGAGAAUAUGAUC